UGUAGAUUUUCUUUUGAAAAGCACAAACUAUGGCCAGUUAAACGGAGUUAAUUUAUUUCAGGUUCUAUGUGAAAUUUUGUCAAGACUAUCAAAGUACAUUCAUGUUUCUCGUCUUAUUUGAAGUUUUUGAACAAUAUGACUGAUUUGAACAAUAUGAUAAAAAAACUGAAGAAGUUUUUAGUCAUUUCUAAGGUUGAAAGUCAGGUAUUCGAAUGCUUAAUGUCUUUGGAUUUCCACCCAUCUGUCCCUUAUGUAAGUGAAAGUACACAAAAACAGAGCUCAGGUUAUUUGAGUUCAUCCAGUUAUUUUCUUUUCUCCACUAACACGUCAUCUCUUAACAACUCAAUGAUUUUAAUCUGUAAGGUAAAUCUGGAGAGAACAGGUAACCCGUGUUUACAUCAGACAGGACAUGGUCUGAUUGGUCAGGCUGCAGUGAAAUGCUUCCUGUUAUUAUCAUUUCUCACCCAACCCAUUUUCAGUCGGACUUCUUCUUUUUCAGAUCAUAACUCAGCUGUGAUUCAGAGCAGCCAUGAGUGGCACCGGCAGCACCGAACAGGAUGGAGAGGGAACCGGAGGAAGAAGUCGGAUCAGCACUUUGUGUUUUGCAGCAGCAGGUGUCGCUGUGGCUGCUCUUUACUGGAAAAAUCUUGAAGCAAAGAGAGAGAAGAAAGAAAUGGAGCUGAAGAUCAAAAGAAACCUUGUCUAUAUUCAACGGAGUCAGUGGAUCUCACUGAAAAGUGCUUUCGGCCUUUUUGAAAUGCCACUAAUGGAGAAAACAAAAUCACUAAAAAUGGAGCUCAGAGAAAGAACCGAACUACUCAGUUUAUCGCAGCUGGAUGAGUUGGAGGACAUGUUGGUGGAAAGACAACAUCUUUUCUGCAGCUACUUUACGCCAAGAUCGUGUCGGGAGCAGCUGGAGGACGAGAUCAUUAACAAAGCUGGUAGGAUACCAGCUUUCCACAAGAAGAAUGUAAAGGCAAAUCUGGAGAAGAUCUUCAGAGAAGAUCGCCAUUGUGCUUCCUGUCUAUCAUACCUCAUGACCGGGGAUAAAAGAAAGAAUGGAAGAAUGAUGUGGAAGCAGCUGGCAUACUGGAGAAGAGCAGUGAGGAAAGACAAAUACUUGAGUGAAAAUUCCACUUAUUGUUAGCCUCCCAAAACUACGGCCUGUGUGGCCAUAAAAAGACGACUAACAGGGUAAUCCAUUUGUUAGCUGCUUCCUGUUAAUCUUUUUCUGUUGGAUUGUGAAGAUCAGCUUUAGAAAAUUUCUGCUGUGUACAGUUGAAACCAGAAAUUUACAUACACUUGCAUGUCGACCUUCAGUAACAUAAUCCAUGCGGAGCGAAGAAACCUAUGUAAAACUACAAUUAGCUAAAAACCCAAAGCUAGCUAAAAUGUUGACUAUAGCAUCUAAGCCUAGCACUAGCAUGGCGACUACAAAAACAUACUUCAUGCAGUACAGAAAAACCAACGUUAAAGCUCAAAUUAGUUAAAAUGAUAUUAGCUUAAAGGGUAUCAUAAUUAAGUUGGUUUUUGCUAGCAUAAUAGCUGACGAUGCUAAUUUUAAUACAUCAUCUAACCAUAGCACAUUAGCAACCAAUAAUCUGCUGGAUGUGAAAUGCUUAAACAGCCUGUAUACCAGGUUAUUAGUCCAAGGUGUUAAACUCUACAAAAGGUAUUUACUUGUCCAACCUCAAAAUGGCCACUGCCUUGUCUCCCCCCUGACAGCUCUGAAACUGGAUGUUUCAUUGUAAUUUCUUAGACAGGAACUGAAACUUCAAGUGUAAAACACAAACGACAUUUUAUAUUGUAAUUCUCAAUGCUGCCACAGGAGGGGGCUGUUCCUGUUGUAUUCAUGUCUAACUGUGCUAAUCUAAUAAUGUUAAUCUACCGUCUUUGUUAUUUUAUAUGUCAGAGGUGCUAUACAAAUUAAAUUUUACUUACUCCAAAGUAUUUCUUGUUUUCAACAGGCAAGAGUUCAGGUUUACAGCUAAAUUUUAGUUUUUGCUUGUCUUGCUUUCUUUUUCUCGUCUCACUGUACAAUUGUUUUGAACAAUUCAGUGGCUGUGAUUGGGAACCGAUUAUUUUUUUAGUGUUUUUGUUUUUGAUACCAUCACCAUCCAAAUCCUACUCUGUAUCUGUUCUAUGUGUAUGACUUGUAACAUUUGAUCCUUUUUCGGCAUUGAAGCUUGUUUUUAUGUAUAACCAAAUCUCCUUUCUCAAGACGGGCUAAUUAAAUUAUAACUUGUAAAGUUUAACCACUUUUAGUUUUGUCAUGUGCUGGACGGUUGGCUGAGAUCAAACAAGUAGAUAGAAAUGAAUAUCUGGGAAGAAUCAUAACUUAAACAUAACACUUAAAGCACCAGGGUUUAUAUAGAAAAAAUAUUCAGAUUUAUUUUUGUGGUUUUAAAGGCUCUACAUUGAAGAAGGUGAGAAUUAGGCAUAACUUUCUGUUUUUCUAUAUGUUCUGCGCUCCCACACACACAGAGCUGUCAGCCACU